CUCCGUUCCCACCUCACCCCGCAUCUGUUGUGCGUUCUUCUUCUUCCCCGAGAUUCUCCACAUCCUUGCUUCUUAAUCUCCCCAGUUCUCAUCUCCGACAUCCUUGCGGCUGUGGACUACUCAGUACACCUUCACUUCCUGCAAUCACUCAAGCCACACAUUCAGCGUUUGUCCUGAGCCUGGCAAACACCAUGGCGAAGGAUGAAGUGGCCCCGAUUCAGGCGGUUGACGCGGUGAUCGAACCCUACAACCGCAAUGAUCCCGAGAUCACUGAGAAAGGCACUUCGGAGCACAUCAAUCUGAACAAGAAUACCUCUGCCAAAAUCAAGAAUCCCCUGGCGGAUCUGAGCCCGGCUCAAGUGGUGCAAGAUGUUGAGGACUUUGCCAACGAGCAUCAGUUGACCGAUAUUUUUCCCUUGCUCAAGAAGGGGGCUCUUGUGGCGCGCGAUCCUCAGAGUUUCUCCGAGGUGCCUGACAUCACGCAGGCUGAGGUCGCCGCCAUUGAGGCCGAGGUGACUCACAAGUGGCGUCAGCCCAAGUCUCUCUACUUUACCAUCAUUCUCUGCUCUAUUGGAGCUGCCGUUCAAGGAUGGGAUCAGACUGGAAGUAAUGGUGCCAACCUUUCUUUCCCCGUUGCGCUUGGAAUUCCAGAAACCGGCCCUGAUGCGUCGAGAAACCAGUGGCUUGUUGGCGUUGUCAAUGCGGCUCCGUACAUGUCCAGUGCUGUUAUCGGCUGUUGGCUAUCUGAUCCGCUGAACAAAUAUAUGGGUCGCCGUGGCGCUAUCUUCAUGUCUGCUAUCUUCUGCCUCCUGUCCCCUAUUGGGUCGGCUGUGAGCCAGACUUGGCCUCAACUGUUUGUGACUCGUCUACUGUUGGGUCUGGGAAUGGGCUUGAAAGCAUCUACAAUCCCAAUGUUCUGUGCUGAGAACACCCCGGCAUCUAUUCGUGGUGGUCUGGUGAUGUGCUGGCAGUUGUGGACAGCGUUCGGUAUCUUCCUGGGGACUUCGGCGAACCUUGCUGUCAAAGACACUGGGGAUAUCUCCUGGAGACUCCAACUCGGUUCUGCCUUUAUUCCAGCUCUUCCUUUGCUCAUUGGCGUCUACUUUUGCCCAGAGUCGCCUCGUUGGUACAUCAAGAAGGGCAAUAUGCGUCACGCCUACGCUUCUUUGUGCCGCUUGCGCAACACCGAGAUACAGUCCGCACGCGAUCUCUACUACAUAUAUGCUCAGAUUAAGGUCGAGCAGGAGCUUGCUGGCGAAAGCAACUAUGCCACUCGGUUCGUGGAGCUCUUUACCAUCCCGCGGAUCCGACGUGCAACUCUUGCUUCCUUCGUUGUGAUGAUUGCGCAGCAGAUGUGCGGGAUUAACAUCGUUGCCUUUUAUUCCUCGACUGUCUUUCAACAGGCCGGUGCCUCUGUCACGGGAGCGCUUUUCGCCUCGUGGGGCUUUGGGCUUGUGAACUUUAUCUUCGCAUUCCCGGCAGUGUUCACUAUUGACACCUAUGGACGUCGAUCUCUGCUUCUGUUCACGUUUCCUCAGAUGGCCUGGACCCUGUUAGCUGCGGGUUUUUGUUUCUACAUUCCUCAGGAGCAGACCGCCCAUAUAGCGUGUAUUGCACUUUUCGUCUUUUUGUUCGCAGCCUUCUACUCCCCGGGUGAGGGUCCUGUUCCAUUCACUUACUCUGCGGAGGUGUUCCCUCUGUCUCAUCGUGAGAUCGGAAUGUCCUGGGCCGUAGCAGUUUGUCUUGGCUGGGCUGCGGUGCUUUCGAUUACCUUUCCCCGUAUGCUUGCCGUCAUGACCCCAACCGGUGCAUUCGGCUUCUACGCGGGAUUGAACGUGACUGCCUUUUUCAUGAUCUACCUUUGGGUCCCUGAAACCAAGCAGCGGACUCUGGAAGAACUUGAUUACAUCUUCGGCGUUCCUACUCGGAUGCAUAUGCGUUACCAGGUCUUCCAUGUGUUGCCCUGGUGGAUUAAUCGCUACAUCUUCCGCCGUCAGGUUACGCUAGAGCCCCUGUACAAGCUCGACCAUCUCGCUACCAGUGGCUAGGGGGUAAGCAUUUGUCCUGAGCGUUUAAGGCUUCAUUGGUGGAUGAUGGGACUACUGCUCUCAAUACGGAGUACGGAUGGGCAUGUUUUUUCGGGAGAAUAUCGGCGUCUUUGAGUGAUUUUCCGCGCUCUGCUUAGGGGAUCGAAUAUGAGUGCAGGAUACAGUCCAAUUGCGUGGCUUGCAAGGAUCUUCACGAGUGAAGGACCAUGUAAUACUCUAAUGAAU